AUCGACUUGUGUGGUCGAAUCGGCAAGCAUUGAGUUAAUUGGCCCACUAAUUAGACCUCGAAGUAAUUUUUAAAUCUGAUGAACUAAUUUGAUUGAGCAUCUAGCAAUGAAACCGUGCUUAACUAUACCGGUGUGGGUUUAAGCUUGAGGGUUUUUUUUUUUUUUCCCAGUGUGUAUGACUUAUGUCAAUGAGCGAUUGGACCUUCCAAAGUAAUGCUAUUCCUGUUUCUAUAAACGCUGGGUGUGACACACAGUAUAAAAAAUCGUUUAAAUAAAAUACAUUUAAGAAAACGCGCAAUUAAAAAAUCGCAAGGUAGAUCUAACUAUAGCGUUUCUUGGCUUAAAAUCGGAGUAGCUUCCCCUGAUUAACUGUUAACUGUCUCCCAUGGUGAUGAUAUCGCUUGGGCAGUAAUGCUUGUAGCUAUUGUCCAGACUUCACCUGCGAGUCUGCGACCAAAGUAUAGCACAGAUCAUGAAUAGCAAGAAAAAAGUGCUUACAAACUUGAUUACUUCAAUUUUCUUCUUGGGGUAUAAGUCACUUCGAAACAGAUGUCUGUAUAUUUGCCUUUGGUCAGAGGAUCGGCCGUUUGUUUUGGUGUCAUUUGAUAUACGUACUAUACUUGGUUCUUGUAAUAUUACGUUUUACUCAUUCUUUUUGAAACGAACUUGUGGCUAUACUUUGUAGUUUUUUCAUAAAUAUAUCUUCAUAAGCGAGUUAAGUAGCAAGAAGCAUAUCACAAUGCAGCGAGUAUAAAAUUUAAAGAGACGAUCGAAUCGUUGCGUCUGUGUGAAGAUGACCCGCCGAUUGUCGAAGUCAUGUAAUCAAGAGAAUAUCAAUGAACUGAUGAUGGCUGCUUCAGAGUGUAAUGUUAGACUUCUCAGAAAGCUAUUUAGAGAAGGAGCAACCACCUCGGCUCGCGACAAGCAAGGGAAAAAUGUUAUAUACCAUGCCUUUGCAAACACACCUGAAACUAAAGAGUUAGUAGAGCUGUUCCAAGUUCUUGGUGAGAGUGGAGUUGACUUUAAUUCCAAUCUGGACUUGGAUGGAUGUUCAGCGUUGAUUACUGCUGCCACUCUAGACUGGCCAGAAGUUGUCCAGAUCUUAAUAACUUUUGGAGCAGAUGUCAAUGACCAAGGCAUGCCCAAAUUUGGUGCUUUUGUCUCCACUGACCUCUCUAUGCAAGGGUAUGGUGACCAAGUCAACCAGACUGUUGGGGACAAGGAUCGUUUCAUCUUUUCCAAAGGCUGUGGACAAUCUGUCUCGCCUUUAUUAUGUGCCAUCAUGCUCAAAAGACAGGUCAUCACAGACAUUCUUCUGUCAGCCGGAGCAGAUUGUCAGCAGAUGUCUGUAGGAUCUUUCUGGAGAAGCUCCAGAAUAGGAGCUUGCUCCGUUUGUGAUGUCAGUGUUAAUGCUAUCCACCUAGCAGCCUACAAAGGAGAAGAUCGCCUCCUUCAAAAGCUGUUGGAUGUAUGCCAGAAGAAGAGUUUAGAAACACACAGGGACACCAAAAAGCCUUUUGUCUCAUGUUUGUCUUCUGAAUACGAACUCACACCCCUGUGGCUAGCCCUUCUUAGAGGUGAGACUGAUGCUGUGAAAACCCUUCUGGCUUAUGACCACCCAAGAGCACCACCUUGUCUCUUUGGCUCAGGGUUAUAUAUUGCAGUUGAGGAGGGCCAUUUUGAACUGGCAAAGAUCCUCAUGCUGUCAGGUUACAAUAUUAAUGAGGAUAUGGAGUGGAUUGAGAGUGAAAGUUAUCCAACUGGAAACAAAGACAUGAAAGACUUUAUAAGAAACUUUUGCUGUGAGCCACAGGCAUUGCUGAUUAUUUGUCGAGAUGUUUUGCGAUGCCAUAUGGGACCAAGGUUGUCGUCAUAUCUGAAGAUGAUUAAUGUACCACAAAAGAUCCAAGAUCUGCUGUUGUUGAAGGAGAUUCUUUCUUGUGAAGAACUUAAUUCUUCUAAAUAAAUGUGAAAGUUAGUGUCAGACAUAAAAGAUUUCCACCUUAAAAGUAUGUGUGUCUAUUUUCUGACUGCUGCAAAACUUGAUUUUUUUCUUGAUCAUCUAUUUAUAAUAAAAAUAUUAGUUAUAAACAUAAAGCUCUGAGAUUAUACAUUAAAUCUUAAUUACUUUUAAGGAUUUCCUUUCUUUUGACUGUAGGUUUUUUAUUUUAUAGAUUUUACCAGUUCAAAAUUUGCUAAGGUCUGUCUUAUAAUAAGAAAACCACUAUAUAGCCUGUGUGACAGUUUACAUAUACCUUUGUACCAUUAUGUUAUAUCAGAUUAUUAACACAAACCAUUGUUUUUGAUUUCAGAGUUAAAAAGAACAUAAUUUUAUUAUUAAAUAGAAAUUAUUUGUUGAUAUUAACUUCAUCAUAGUUGUUGCAAGAUGGUUACGCCUAUCAGAUUGUAACACUGUUGACAAAAAAGUAAAAACUUGCCUAUAAAAAAAAUUAUAGAACCGAAUUACCACAAAAGCAGCAUAACCCUACUGUUGCAUGAUGUCAGAGAAGCUCUCUAGUACUCUAGUCAGAUACAAUCUUGAGAUUUGAAAGUAUUAUUUAUCUUGGAUUGGUUUUUUUGUAUAGGCUUAUAGUAGGUGGGGUUUGGAUAUUGACCUCACAUCACACCUGCAUCCCCAUUUUUUAUAAUCAAUGACAGUAGGGCUGUAGUGCAUUUGUGCCAAAAAUUAUUGAAGAGAUCAAACUGUGCAUUAGAGCUGACAUAUGCUUGAAAUACAUUUAUUGUAAUUCAAAGGAUCAUACAUACUUGGGGUUGCUGAAGUCGAAUCAUGCAAAAAACAUGCAUGGCAACCUGGCAGUGCAUUGUUCAAAUGAGAGAGCCAAACAGUUAA